CGGAUUUUUGCUUUAUGGAAACGGUGUUUGACGAACCUUGACCUACAAAAAUGACUCAAAAAGAAGUAUGCCCUCAUCUCUAUAUAAACCCCUGUCGACAACCAAAACAACCAUGCUCUUUGAAUUCUUGUCUUUCACUGCUUUUAUGGCCAUUAUACUUGUCCUAUUUCUCUUUUUCUUAUUUCUACUUUGGAUAUGGAGGAGAAUCCAAAAAACUGCCCCUCAAAAGAUACUUCCACCAAAAGCAGGUGGUGCAUGGCCUAUAAUCGACCACCUCCACCUAUUACUAUUAGGAGGGAUGCAACUAGCUCAUAUAACCCUAGGUGACAUGGCCGACAAGAAUGGACCAAUCUUCAGUAUCAACUUGGGCAUGCAUAGAGCUAUAGUAGUAAGCAGUUCAAAGAUAGCUAAAGAGUGUUUCACUACUAACGAUAAAGUCUUUGCCAACCGUACAAAAGCUUUGGCGGCAGAACUCAUGGGUUACAACUAUGCCAUGUUCGGAUUCAGCCCAGAUGGUUCCUAUUGGCGCCAUGUUCGAAGAAUAGCCACUCUUGAGGUCCUCUCAAAUCACCGUAUCGAGAUGUUCAAACACAUCCAAGAGUCAGAGGUAAACACCGCUAUAAAAGAGAUCUACGAGUUGUCGGCCAAGAACAACAACGCAUUAGUGGAGAUGAGAAGAUGGUUCGGCUAUGUAACCCUAAACGUUGUGUUUAUGAUGGUUAUAAAGAAGCGAAUUGCUUGGAUUGCAACCAAGGAUGAGGAUGAAGGAAAUGAUCAAUGUCGAAAUGCGAUGAGAGAUUUCUUUGUGCUGAGUGGGACAUUUGUAGCAUCAGAUAUGCUUCCAUAUCUAAGAUGGUUCGACUUGGGUGGGUACAAGAAGGCAAUGAAGAAAACUGCAAAAAAAUUAGAUCAGGAGCUUGAAGGAUGGCUAGAAGAACACAAGCAAAGAAGAAUUUAUGGGGAGGUAAAGAAGUGACAUCAAGACUUUAUGGAUGUGAUGUUGUCUAUUUUCGUUGAUAGUGAAGUGAAUUCAAGUUAUGAUGCUGAUACAAUCAACAAGGCUACUUGUCUGGUAUGCUUUUGAUAACCCUAUUUAAGCUAAUUGCUUUGCUUUUAUAUUUAUUGAAUAUAAAGAUCAUUCUUGAUUUGUUAAGCAAACUGAUCACGAGUACCUUUUUUUUUUUGUUUUUCUUUCUUUUCUAAUUAUCCAUUGGAGUUUAACAUACUAUCAGGGAAUUUUUCCAUAUCUUCAAAAGGAAUCCAGCUCUCUUGUUAUGGUAACUACAAAGGGUAACCUCCCCAAAUUCUCAAUGAAUUUGUUGGUUCUUGUUUGUAGAAAGAAAAUGGUAGAUUUCCCGGCCAGCUUGGGCAAGGGUGUUGGAAACAUCUGUCUAGCUCCCAAAGUCCGCCCAAAUGGAUAA